CGUUACGGAAAGUGAGUUGAUUGAGAACGCGACCACAAUUAGAGACCGGUCUUACACUAGCACAAGUCGCCGCCACCUCAAAAAGACGUCUCUGUUCUAGUUUUUCUGAGAUCGAGAGAAGUCCCUAUUCGUUUCGCGCACACAGACACACCGUAGAGGCUAGAGCCAGCGAGCGAGAUGGGUGGAGCCCAGAUUAUGAAGAGAAUACCGCGCAUCAAAUUUCCUCAAAGACGCCCUAAACCCUCGGAUUCUGCAUCCCAGACUCAAACAACUUCUACACCUGGUGAUGCUGGUCAAACUUUCUUCUUUGGUUCAAAAGUCUCAACAACUGUUGGAGGGAAAGCUUCUCUUCAGCCCAAACGAACACCAGUGUCCAAUGAGGAGAUUGAGACUAUAUUGUUGGGUGGCUGCUUCUGAUAUUUUGAUGGAGCUUUGAGAAGGGAUGACGAGGCGGACAUUUCUCCACCAUUCUUUAGUUUUGAAAUACUCAAAAGUUCACUUUCUACAGAUUGUUGCAGAUUUUAAAGGAACAAUGUCGUAAUUAACAAAUUAAAUACAGCGCACACAUAAACACAGCCGUGAAUUUAAAAGCUGUGCUUGAGAUACUAUACUCUCUGCUUUUGUCUUAUUGAACACCGUUGAAAGGAAGUGUUUACAGAUGAAGUUACGCUGCC